AUGGAUGAAAUAUCUUUUGAAAAUCAAAGUGGAGAAAGGAUUGGACCGGGAAAAGAAAAAUAUCUUUAUUAUUCAUCAAAAGCAUAUUUUACAUAUGGAUUAAACCGAAACAAAUUUCAAAAAGGAUAUUUAGGAUUAAAUCCUUCAGAAGUUAGUGGAAUAUUUCAUAUACGAUAUCCUGAAAGUAAACCUUUAAAAGCAAGAAAGAUAGAACUAUAUUUUUUUGGAAUAAUUUAUACACAAUGGGCAGAUUAUAAUGGUUAUUAUUGUUCUAAUAGUAAAGAGAUUUGUAAAAAGAUGAAAUGUAUAUGGAAAGCUAAUUCUAACGAAGAAAAUUUAACAAGUUUAGAUUUUCCAUUUAAAUUUACGAUUCCAAAUGAAUCACCAUCAUCAAUAAAUUAUGUAGGAGAAUAUAAAGCAAAUGGAACAAUAUAUUAUACAAUUAAUGCAAUAAUUUAUCGAAAAAAACGUAGAAUAUUUGAGAGUUCAGAAAAAGUGAUUGAAGUUAGAGUAGAUAUUAAACGAUGGCAAUUACUGUCAUGUCCAGAUUAUAAUCCGGAUUUAUUAAUUAAAAAAAACGAAUUAUUUAAAUGUCAAGUAUUAUUUGAUAAAUCAACAUUUGAUGUUAAAGGGAUUAUUAAUGUUCCAAUUAAUUUUCAAAUAUAUAAACAAGACGUAAUAGUAAAAAAAUUGAGGAAUAACGAAGCUGUAAUAAAUUGUAGUUGUAUUACAGAGUUAUUUGAAAUUUGGCAUAAAGUGAAAAUUAAUAUUUUAAUGGGUAAAGCUAAUAGUGUAAAAUUUAAAAAGGUGAUUAAAUUGUGUAAUAUUGUUAGUGAUGACGCUUUGGAAGAAUAUAUGGUGAACAAUUUUUUUUAG